AUGAUACAUGCAAUUUUCGAGUCAUCUCUCUCAUUGGGGCAGCAAAUGCGCAUUGAAUUCAGUAGCAGUGCAUCUGUGGAACCUUAUGAUGCCUUGCGCCAAAAAAUUAUGGAAGCCGAAAGACAAUCUUCAUUGGGUGGUAAUGUUUGGUUAUCAUCGGCUGAAGAAAAGGCCAAUAGCAUUCUCAUGAAUGCCAAACGAGAGGAGAUUACUGAAGGCCUUAAAGAUCCCACCAAAUACCCACCGGCAAUGCAUUUCUUUCAGGGCAAACAAUUCUUGCGGCAAAGCGAAGUCUUCCGCAUCAUUCAGAAAAUGCCCAAAGGAGCCCUGCUGCAUGGCCACAACAAAGGUAUGGUCACAUCCAAGUGGGUAAUUGGUAAUUUAACCAAUUUAUAUAAUUUGUACACAUGUCGCGAUGUGAGUGGCCUACUGAUCUUCACCUACGAUCAAGCGCAGUGUCACAGCGAAAUAACGAAUGUGUGCUUGGAACGUGUCAAUGCCGAGGAUAAGCGAGUCUAUGAAAAGCGUUUAGAGAAACAUAUCAACAUGUACACCAUGCAUCCGGAAUCCAUGAUCACCGACACCCGAAAACUGUGGAAACGUUUUGAGAACAUUUUUAUUACCAUGGACCAGAUGUUUAAAUAUCAACCGGCAUUCUGUAAUUAUCACAAGCGUAUGCUGGAGGAGCUGUGUGAGGAUAAUAUUCAAUAUGCGGAAAUAAGAGCCUCCUUGUCACCGCUUUAUGGUGAUAAUAAUCGCACCUUUAACUCUUUUGAAGUGGCCACAGAACUGGAGAAAAUCGUUGAAAGUUUCAAAGUUAAACAUCCAGAUUUUUUGGGUAUGAAAGUUAUUUAUGCCAAACGGAAUAAGGGUACCGUUGAUGAAAUCGGCCAGCGAAUAAUGACCUUCAAACAGUUGCACAAUGCUAAACCAAAUUUCAUUAUCGGCUUUGAUUUGAUUGGCAACGAAGAUGCCGGUGAUCCGCUGCACAAAUUCGCCAAUGAAUUAACAGAUUUACCACCGACUGCUAAUUUUUUCUUUCAUGCCGGAGAGACAAAUUGGUAUGGCAAAACCGAUUGGAAUAUGAUGGAUGCCCUCCUGCUAAAUACCAAACGUAUUGGUCAUGGUUUUGCACUGCCCAAACAUCCUCAGUUGUGGUCGACCAUUAAGAAACGUAACAUUGCCAUUGAAGUGAAUCCGCUGUCAAAUCAAGUUUUGGGAUAUAUUUGGGAUUUGCGAAAUCAUCCGGCAUCGUUUUUAAUUGCGGAGAAUUUUCCCAUCGUUAUAUCGUCCGAUGAUCCUGGCGUAUGGAAUGCCAAGGGUUUAAGCUAUGAUUUCUACUAUGCUUUCAUGGCAUUUGCACCGGCCGAGGCAGAUUUGAGAUUUUUAAAACAAUUGGCAUUGAAUUCGAUAAAAUAUGCAAUUUUGUCAUCCGAGGAACGGCGCAAACUCAAUCGCAUUUUCCAAAAGAAAUGGGAGGAGUUCAUAUACAAUAUCAUAAAUAUGAAAUUUUAA